AAGGUGAAAAAUGCUGGCACAUCUUUAGAGCGCUCUAAUCCAAACAAAACCACUUUUCAUUUCAUAUUAUCAUUUAAACAAAAUCAAAUUAUUUCUUCUAACUCUUCUUAACGCUCUUUCAAUCCUUCACCAUCUUCUUCUCAACUCUCUCAGUUGAAGCUCUUUGAUUUCACCUUCUUGAUUCGUUCAGAUCAGCGUAAUCUGCUGAAACUGAAUUCAUAUUCAGAAGAGAAGAUAGAAGGAAAACUGAAAGUAUAUUUUUAAGCUCUUCACUUCCUGGAAUCUACAUGGUGAACAAAUUAUAUUUGAUUGGAUAUUGCUAAGAAAUUGAAUAUUAGUGGAGAAGAUGGUGAAACAACGCUGGAGAGAAUCUAUAAAAUCGCUGCUUGGAAGUCACGUUGAUCCUGAUAAAGAAGAGCAGCUCCGAGGAACUAAAACAGAAUUUGACGAGAAAGUGAGAAAGGUAUUGAAACUUAUUAAAGAUGACGACAACCUUGAAGAGGAUGGUACCCCAGCUGAUAAUUUGAAGAGGGGACAACUUGCUGAUCUGAUUGAGGAUUUCCACGGUCAAUACCAAUCGCUUUAUACAAAGUAUGAUCAUCUGACAGGCGAGUUAAAGAAAAAAAUCAAGGGCAAGCGAGAAAAGGGAAGUUCUUCAUCUAGUUCUUCAUCUAGCUCUGGCUCGGAUUCAGAUUAUUCUUCAAAGAACCGAGACAGCAAAAAUGGACAACUACAAAAUGAAUUUCAAAAGAUAAAUGAUGGAUUAAAACAAGAACUUGAAGUGGUGCACAAGGAAGUAGCUGAGUUAAAUCAGAAGUUGACAAUUACACAUCAAGAGAAGGAGGAAAUAAAUUCAAAACACGAAGCAGCACUGAACAAAUUACAAGAAGCAGACAAAAUUAAUUUGGGUUUGAAAACUGAUGCUGAUACAUUAGAGAUUCAAAGAUCAAAACUCUUGGCGGAGAAUACUGAACUGAAUAAGCAAUUGGACAGUGCUGGAAAAGUAGAAGCUGAACUGAGUCAAAGAUUGGAGGAUAUGAAGACAGAAAACAAUAGCCUGGCCAAGGAGAAAGAGACAGCUCUCCAACAGAUUGCCGAGGAAAAGAAGAUUACAGCUGACCUGAGAAACCUCAUUGAUGAGCUGAAAGAUGAUAAGUUGGUGGUUGCGAAAGAAUUACAAACAGUAACAGAUGAACUUUCUAUUCUGAAGCAGGAAAUGAAACACUCAGAACAGCAAAUAACAGCUAUAAGCAAAAAUCUGGAGGUCUCAAAAGAAGAAAAUGAAUCACUAAAAGCCGAACUUUCACAGGCUUCAAAUGAGGUUCAGCUGUCUCAAAGCAGAAUACAAGAAUUUCUAGCUGAAUCAAGUCAGUUAAAGGAGAAACUUGAUGAGAGAGAAAGAGAAGUUUCAACCCUUACUCAAAUGCAUGAAGGGCAUCAGAAUGAGUCCUCAAAUCAAAUCAAUGAACUAGAAGCACAAAUCUCAAAUCUGGGGCUGGAACUAGAGUCACUGCGAAACCAGAAAAGAGAUAUAGAGGGUCAAUUUCUAGCUGAAUCAAGUCAGUUAAAGGAGAAACUUGAUGAGAGAGAAAGAGAAGUUUCAACCCUCACUCAAAUGCACGAAGGGCAUCAGAAUGAGUCCUCAAAUCAAAUCAAGGAACUAGAAGCACAAAUCUCAAAUCUGGGGCUGGAGCUAGAGUCACUGCGAAACCAGAAAAGAGAUAUAGAGGAUAAAUUUCUAACUGAAUCAAGUCAGUUAAAGGAGAAACUUGAUGAGAGAGAAAGAGAAGUUUCAACCCUCACUCAAAUGCAUGAAGGGCAUCAGAAUGAGUCCUCAAAUCAAAUCAAGGAACUAGAAGCACAAAUCUCAAAUCUGGGACUGGAACUAGAGUCACUGCGAAACCAGAAAAGAGAUAUAGAGGAGAAACUUGAGAGCUUUACCACAGAAGCAAGGGAACUGGGAGAUCACAAUUUAGGGUUGCAAAACCAAAUUUCAGAACUUGAAACGAAGUCCAAAGAAAGAGAAGAGGAACUAUCUGCUAUAAUGAAGAAACUUAAAGAUAAUGAGAAUGAAUCAUCUUCUAAAGUAUCAGAUUUGACAUCUCAGAUAACCAAUUUGCAGGCUGAUAUAACCUCAUUACACGCUCAGAAGAAUGAACAGGACGAGCAAAUAGUUUUUAGAAGUAAUGAAGCUUCAACUCGAAUCGAAAGCCUUACAAAUGAGUUGAAGGUAUUGCAGCAGGAAGUGGAGUCUCUACAACACCAGAAAUCUGACAUAGAAGUUCAGCUCGAGGAAAAAAGCCGAGCAAAUUCCGAGUAUGCGAUUCAAGUUCAAAGUCUGAAAGAGGAGGUUGACAGAAAAACUCUAGAACAAGAGAGGCUUAUGGAAGACAGAGAAACUUUAACCACAGAAGCAAAAGAACUGGGAGAGCAGAUUUUACGGUUGCAAAACCAAAUUUCGGAACUUGAAACGAAGUCCAAAAAAAGAGAAGAGGAACUAUCUGCUAUAAUGAAGAAACUCAAAGAUAAUGAGGAGGAAUCAUCUUCCAAAAUAUCAGAUUUGACAUCUCAGAUAAACAAUUUGCAGGCUGAUAUAAGCUCGCUACAUGCUCAGAAAAAUGAACAGGAAGAGCAAAUAAUUUUUAGAAGUAAUGAAGCAUCAACUCAAAUCGAAAGCAUAACAAAUGAGAUGAACGUAUUGCAGCAGGAAGUGGAGUCUCUACAACACCAGAAAUCUGACUUGGAAGUUCAGCUCGAGGAAAAAAGCCGAGAAAAUUCAGAAUGCUUGAUUCAAGUUCAAAGUCUGAAAGAAGAGGUUGGCAGUAAAUCUCUGGAGCAAGAGAGGCUUAUGGAAGAUAGAGAAAAUUUAACCACAAAAGCAAAAGAACUGGGAGAGCACAAUUUAGGGUUGCAAAAUCAAAUUUCAGAACUUGAGACGAAGUCCAAAGAAAGAGAAAAGGAACUGUCUGCUAUAAUGAAGAAACUCAAAGAUAAUGAGGAUGAAUCAUCUUCCAGAAUAUCAGAUUUGACUUCUCAGAUAAACAAUUUGCAGGCUGAUAUAAGCUCAUUACUUGCUCAGAAAAAUGAACUGGAAGAACAAAUAGUUUUUAGAAGUAAUGAAGCGUCAACUCGAAUCGAGAGCAAAACAGAUGAGAUAAAUGUAUUGCAGAAGGAAGUGGAGUCUCUACAACACCAGAAAUCUGACUUGGAAGUUCAGCUUGUGGAAAAAAGCCGAGAAAAUUCCGAGUGCUUGAUUCAAGUUCAAAGUUUGAAAGAAGAGGUUGACAGAAAAACCCUGGAACAAGAGAAACUUAUGGAACACAGAGAAAACUUAACCACAGAGGCAAGGGAGCUGGGAGAGCAUCAUGCAGGGUUGCGAAACCAAUAUUCUGAACUAGAAAUAAGGUCCAAAGAACGAGAAGAGGAGCUAUCUGCUCUCAUGAAGAAACUCAAAGAUAAUGAGGAAGAAUCAUCUUCCAAAAUAUCAGAUUUGACAUCUCAAAUAAACAAUUUGCUGGCUGAUAUAAGCUCAUUACAUGGUCAGAAAAACGAACUGGAAAAAGACUUGCUUUUCUCGCAGAAAACAAAAGAAGAAUUGGAGCUCUACUGCAAAGAAAUAAAAGAAGAACAUGCAGAAACCCUCUCAGUGGUUGAGAAUGAAAAGACCAAAUUAGCCAACCAAAAUAUGGAUCUUCAGAGAACAUUGGAAGAAUGUGAAGAUGCAUAUCAGAAGUUAAAUGAAGAAUAUAAAAAGGUUGACAGUUGGUUUAAUGAAUGCAAGGCCAAACUUGAAGUUGCAGAGAGGAAGAUGGAAGAAAUGGCAGAAGAGUUUCGUGAGGGCAUUGGGUCAAAAGAUCAUAUAGUAGGUGAUUUGGAACACCAAGUUGAAGACCUGAAAAGAGACUUGGAAGAAAAAGGAGAUGAGAUCAGCAAUUUGCUUGAGAAUGUGAGGAAUCUUGAGGUAAAGCUUCGCAUGUCAAACCAAAAGCUCCGGGUCACAGAACAAUUGCAAAAUGAAAAUGAAGAAAAGUUUAAGCAAAAACAGAGUGCACUUGAAGAUAGGAUUGCUACAUUGGCAGCAACAAUCACAGCUAACAAUGAAGCUUUUCAUGAAACUAUCACAACUAUUAAAAAGUCUGUCAACAGUGUGAUAUCUGGAAUAGAUACUGUGAGCAGAAAAUUUUCGGACGAAAGCAAAAAUCACGAGAACAGCAUCUCAAACAUCUCACACGAGCUUCAGGUUGCAAAAGAAUAUGUUUGCGAGAUCAAUAGGGUUAAGGGGAAGUUAGAGAAAGAUAAAAACCAUUUGUUGGAGGAGUUGAAGGGUAAAAAGGAAGAGGAAUUAACUCUGUUGGAGGAGUUGAAGGGUAAAAAGGAAGAGGAAUUAAUUUUGAGGGAGAAGGUUGGGAAGCUAGAGGCAAAGGCAAGAAAGGAUGAAUCAGAGAAUAUCAGUGUGAACGCAACUGUUGUUGAACUUAAGAAGACAGUUGAAGAUCUAGAGAAGUUGAUCAAAGAGAAAGAGGAAGGUUUGGGAGAGGAAAAGAGGGAGGCCAUUAGGCAGCUCUGUUUGUGGAUUGAUUAUCACAGGGAGCGUAAUGACUAUCUCAAGGAAAUCCUAUCAAAAACUCGCAGGUUCCAGAGAGCAGCAGUGUAGAUUCUUCUAUAUAUUUUUCUUUUAAGCAGCUUUGUCCAGUUAGGUAUUAUCCUGAUUUGACAUAUAAUUAGCUCAUUUUUUUUCCUGUGAAUUGAUUCUUUUGUUUUACAAACAUGAGUGUGUGUAUAAUUUGAUUUUCGUAUCAGGGGCAGGGUUAGUUAUGUUCUUCUCCUGAAUUUGAAUUGAAUAAUAGUAGUGGGGUCUUUUUGUUCUGUUCAGUGUAAAAAUUUGGAUUAACAAGCCCCACUAUCAAAUUUUCACAGUUCUUGGC